GUCCAAAUAGGGUUGUUGGCCUACUUCCUGUUUUAGCUGAGCCAGUGGCGGAACAUCGCACUUCUACUAUCUCAUUUUAUCUACAAGGUUUGACCACAGAGCUUCAGCGAUGUCGUACCCUGGUGGAUAUGGAGGAUACCCACCUGCUGGCUAUCCCUCUGCUCCUGGUGGCUACCCUCAAUCCACACAAGGAUACCCCCCUGCAGCCCCUGGCGGAUACCCCCCUGCCAACCCUUACGGAGGCCCCCCUCCCUCCUCUGGCCCCCCUCCCCCUCCAGGACAAUCUUUUGCAGGAGGUGCAGUGCCACCCGGAGGCUACCCACCAGCAGGUGGUUACCCCUACCCCCCUUCCGGAGGCGGCUACCCCCCCUCUGGAGGUGGCUACCCCCCUGCCAGCGGUGGCUACCCCCCAGCUCCAGGGGGAUACCCCCCAUCUUCAGGGGGCUACCCUAGCUACCCAACUGGGAAUGCCGGCCCCCCACCCCCGGGAGCAGCUGUCCCAGGGUUCACGGCUCCAGGCAUGCCGCAGCCACCCGGACAGGACUACUCCCAGGGCAUGCCGGGACAAUAUCCACAGGGUGGUCAGCCUGGUUACCAGCAAUCUGGAUACCAGCAACCCCCUGCCGCCGGAGGUUACCCACAAGCCCCUCCCGCCGGAGGUUACCCACAAGCCCCUGCAGCAGGGGGUGGUUACCCACAAGCCCCUGCAGGUGGUGGGUACCAGCAGCCGCCUGCGCCGUCUAACAUCUACUCCGGUGGUGACCAGCCGCCACCCCAGCCAGCUGCCCAGCCUAAACCUCAGGCUCCGCCCCCUCAGCCUGUCCCACCAACCCACGAGCUGUCCCAGCUGUCCCUCGGAGGUCCCGGGGAGACCCACGGAACCGUCGUCGCAGCCGCAAACUUUGACGCUGAGGAAGACGCUAAGAUCCUGCGCAAGGCUAUGAAGGGAAUGGGUACGGAUGAGAAGGCCAUCCUAGAGCUGCUGGCUGAACGGAGCAACGCUCAGCGUCAGAAGAUCAAGCUGCAGUUCAAGACUAUGUAUGGCAAGGACUUGAUCCAGGACCUGAAGUCAGAGUUGAGCGGAGACUUUAAGGAGAGCGUGAUGGCGCUCUUCGUCCCCACCACGGAGUACGAUGCCUGGUGCCUCAACAACGCCAUGGUGGGUCUGGGCACAAAUGAGGAAGUGUUGAUCGAGAUCCUGUGUACUCGCACUAACGAGGAGAUCGCAGAGAUCGUCAGGGUCUACCGCGAAAAAUUCAAACGCGACCUGGAGAAAGACGUCGUCGGGGACACAAGCGGGCACUUCAAGCGUCUGCUUGUCUCCAUGACAACGGCGAACCGAGAUGAGGUGAAGGAGGUUGACUAUGAGAAGGCUGUGAAGGAGGCGAAGGAACUGUACAAGGCGGGAGAGAAGAAAUGGGGAACAGACGAGUCAGAGUUUAACCGUAUCCUCGCCUGUCGCAGCUUCCCGCAGCUCAAGGCUACAUUCGACGAAUACAUCAAGGUGUCCCAGCGUGACAUCAUGGGUACCAUUGACCGUGAGUUCUCCGGACAUGUGCGGGAUGGGAUGAAGGCUAUUGUGCAGUGUGUGCGGAACCGUCCUGAGUUCUUUGCUGACAAGAUCCACAAGUGUGUGAAGGGUCUGGGCACCGACGAUCACACCCUCAUCCGAGUUAUUGUCACUCGUAGUGAGUAUGACAUGGUGGAGAUCAAGCAGGUUUUCCUGAACAAGUACAGGAAGACGGUGUGGAAGGCGAUCGAGUCGGACACCAGCGGUGACUACAAGCGCAUCCUGCAGGCUCUGGUCAAAAAGAACUGAGG